GCAGGACUUCUUAACAUGCUGAGGUAAGAUGAAACAGGAACACAGUUGUUUUCACAGCAUUCACGAGAUUAAACGGGGAGAAAGGAAUUUCUAGAGAUGCGUAGGAAACAAAGGAAAAGACAGCUCGUGCAACGUCAGAGUUGGCCGCAUGGUGUGGGUCUUGAUUGUAUCCUACCUUGCUUCUCUCGUCCACAUACUCUUCUCUCUCUCUCUCUCUCUCUCUCUGCUUUCCUUUGCUUUUCUUCGUCUCGUUCGGGAUGGUUUUGUGUGGUAGCAGUUUUCGUCUUCUGUAUCAGUUAGCCUUUGGUUUUAUUCCGAGCAACUUUGUGGGUUUGUCUCUUCUUUUGACGCUUUGGAGUGAAUUAUAUGUAGUGCUUUCCUGAUAGUCUCGUUCUUGUUCUCCUCCUUUCCAGUACUCGAAUUGGACCGUCGAUGGAGGUCUCACCGUAGUUUGCUUCUCUCCUAAUUUAGAUCUUAAUCGAGGUCCGAAAUUUGCCUGAGCGCUUAGGACAUCGGAGAUCGCUCGUCGCAUGAGGACCACUCCAUUUUUCAUUGCAUGUAUCCGUAGGAUGUCCCUCGUAGAUAGAUGCAUGUCGGGAGAUGGAGAGCGAGCGAUGAACGAUGUCACUUUUCCUUAGCUUUGGAAUCCGUAGUGCUUUCCUUUUGCAGAGCGAUGAACCGCCCGUAGAUCUGCUUGUUUUCUUCCGACGGAUCGGCGUUGUAUCAUCGGCCCUCGUUGGCCUUUCGAUUCCUUUUCCGCCUCUCGCCGGACGAGACACUCGACGGUGCUGCUCGGGAGACGAUGAAAGGGCUGACGAUACAGCAACACCAACCGGCGGACGAGAACAUGUCCAAUCUCACCUCUGCCUCCGGGGAAGCCAGCGUCUCUUCCAACCAGCAAUCCUCCUUCGCCUCCCCGACCCCAAAUCCAACCAAGAAAAAGAGGAACCUCCCGGGAAAUCCAGAUCCGGAUGCCGAGGUGAUAGCGUUGUCCCCCAAGACGCUGAUGACGACCAAUAGGUUCGUGUGCGAGAUCUGCAACAAAGGAUUCCCGAGGGAGCAGAACCUGCAGCUGCACAGGAGAGGCCACAACCUCCCCUGGAAGCUGAAGCAAAGAAGCAGCAAGGAGGUGAGGAAGAAGGUGUACCUGUGCCCGGAAGUGACCUGCGUCCAUCACGAUCCCUCCCGGGCGCUUGGCGACCUUACUGGGAUCAAGAAGCACUUCAGCAGGAAGCACGGGGAGAAGAAGUGGAAGUGCGACAAGUGCUCCAAGAAGUAUGCUGUUCAAUCCGACUGGAAGGCCCACUCCAAGAUCUGUGGCACAAGGGAAUACAGAUGUGACUGUGGCAUCCUAUUCUCAAGGAGGGAUAGCUUUAUCACACACAGAGCCUUUUGUGACGCGCUGGCAGAAGAAAGUGCAAGAGCUAUGGCAGCAAACCCUUUGACCAAUCACCAGGCUCUCCUCUUCUCGCCGGCUGCAGCAUCCUGUGAGCCUUCCUCUCUCCAGCCAACACUCCUACAAAGCUACUUCCCUCACCUGACGAGAGGCGAUGAGGCCGACGCCAGCAUUCUCGGUAGCCACGGGAUGCAGCGAGAGCUGUCGCUCGGAGGAGAACACCAGCAUCAACGAUUCAACGUCAGAUCAACCAUCCCACCAUGGCUGGUUUGCCCAGGAGCCACCGCUCUGAACAUGUUAGACCUCCCUUCUACCGUCUACUCCACCAGGUUAGAAGCGGAGCACGGUCGAGAGGACCCAGUUCCCCAUCCUCCUCUUCCUCCAGCGUUCCCCCAUGCCUUGGCUCCCUCCCCUCACAUGUCGGCCACCGCGUUACUCCAGAAAGCGGCUGAGAUGGGUGCAACCAUGAGCAGACCUGCACACCUGGGUCUGAUGGCAGCUCACGCUCCGAGUUCUGCGCCUUUUGCGGCCGAUGGUACUUCCGGCGUCGGUCUUGGGUUGUCCUCAUACCGAGACAUGGGUCACGGCAUCGGUGGUGGACAAGGAUCAGCACCUCCUCCUCCGCUUCUUCGAGACAUGGUUGCGACCUCGCUUUCCGCAACUCCAGGUUUUCAUGGGUCUUUUGAGGAUGCAAUAAGAGCAAUAAGAGAAGCGAGGAAUAGCGACAAGAGCGGCCUCGGGAGAAGCCAUGGAAUGGCCGAGGAAGGAGGUGGCGGGAUGAACGAUGGGAUGACGAGAGACUUCCUGGGACUGAAGGCUUUUCCCCACAGGAACAUCCUCGACCUGACCGGGUUGGAUCCAUGUUUGACCGCCGCCGCCGCCUCCUCCUCCUCCUCCGCCUACGAACAGCAAAGCAUGAAGCCAUGGAACGGCUAGCUACUCCGAGAAACCUGAUGUGGCACCGUGAAGCCAUGUACAGGAAUGACAGGCCUACGGUGCACUUGUCAUGUCGGGUGGCUCAUCCAUCUGCGGAGAACGAUGGGCGAGUACUACUACUCGGAGAAGAAGAAGAAGAAGAAGCCAAUCAAUCAUUAGCGAUCAGGUGAGGUGUUGCCACUCCAUUCCUCCUCCUUCCUAUGGCCUACCCAUACGGCCAUAUAUAGAGCAUAGUUAUGUCAUCAAGGAUAUAUGUAUGUAUUGUCGACGUUGUUGGUAGACGGCUCUGCUUUCUUUAUUUCCCUUUUGUUGUUGUUGUUGUUGUUUCUUCAGGACAAAUAUGAGAUGACAUGAAAUAAUAGUCUCUCUCUCCUACUUAGAGAAGUUAUGUUUCAUAAUAUUAGAGCAUGCAUGACAUGAGUGUUUUUA